GAAAAGUUUUGUUAGUUGUCAUUUUAUUUCAACGCCAUAUUUUAUUCUUAUCAAAUUAUUUAAAAACCUCAUUAGAAUGGCUUCUGAAAAGUUUAUUUCUGUUGAUUUUGAGGUGAUUGGUGAAGUUAAAGAUGUACUCUUCAAGGAGUAUACAGCAAUAACUGCUACUAGUACAAACGUGCGUGGCUGGUGUAUGAACAGUGACAACAAUUCCAUAAGUGGAGUGCUAGAAGGAUGCGUUUCUAAUGUAGAAUUAAUGAAACACUGGUUGAAAAACGUUGGAAGUCCUAAAUCAAAAGUCGAGCAGGUCAUUUUCACCAAUGAGAUUGAUAUAGAACAUCUCACCUAUGAUUCGUUCAAUAUUUUGGAAUAAAUUAACUAUUGAAAAUUUCCAGUUCUAUACUACUAAAAUUUGUUUAAAUUACCUGUAUAAUAUGUACUGAUCUCAUAUAAAUCAAUAAAUUUGAUUUGAUUUGUUGUGAA